AUGUGUAAACAGAAAAAUAAAUCAUUAUUUUUCUAUAAAAUUUAUGCGUUCACAGUUUUAGUAUUGGCGUGGAAGAAUUCGCAUGAAGAGCCAAAUAAUUUUCAUAAAUUAUGGGAUAAAGAAACUAACCGAAAGAACUUACACUCAUUAAGAGCUCGAAGAUUAUUAAUGGGAAAAGAAGAUUUAGAACACCAACAAAGGUAUUCUUCUUUAAAAGAACAAAUAUCAAAAUUAGUAAAUGAAGACAAUGAUGAAUUUGAUAGACGCAUAAGUGAAUCAUUCCAAGAUAACAAAUUUAAGGACCAAUUUAGUGAAUUACUGCAUGCCUCUGAAAGUUUUGGAGAUAUGUAUAAUUCACUCGAAUUUGGUGAUUAUUUAAAAAAAAAACUUAGUGAAUUAGAAUAUAAUGAUAAUUUUGAAAUGAGAAAUAAUAUGAAAGGAAGAAAUUUUCAUAAAAUUUUGAAGGUUAAUAGCAUAGUACAAGAUAACCAAAAAUUAAAAAAGAAUAAAUUAUUAAAAAAAACAGAUUCGUACAAUCUAUCAGAAAUGUCAAAUUAUUUAAAAGCUAAUAAUUCUAAUGAUUAUGAUCCUCUUGAACAUAAAAUAAAGCGUAGUAAAUUUGUACAAUUUAUGGGAAGGCAUAAAACAUUACCUCCUGUCCUGGUAAUCUUGUUCGGUUCAACAAUUCCAUUGAUGGCAACAGCAACAGCAACAGUAGCAGCAGCAGCAGCAGCGAGUGCUGGUAUAAUUACUUCCUUGGGUGCUUUAAUGGGAAUUUACCAUUUGUUUAAUAAAAAAAAAUACAGUAAAAAAAAAACAGCUUUAAAUGUAAACAAUUCCUACAAAAAAUGUUUACAAUAUUAG